AUGUAUGACACUCUUUCGUCUUUCCAGUUUUUUUAUGACAGCUCCGUCUGUCUGCUUUUCUUUUUCCUUUUCUCUUUUCUUAUUUCUUUCUUUCUUUUUUCUCAUUUCUUUCCUUGUUUCGUUUUCUCCUUUUUUUCUUUUUCUCUUUUCGCCUUUCUUUCUUUCGUUCUUUCUUUUCUCCCUCUUUUCUUUCUUUCCUUCUUUUUCUCUUUUCUCCUUUCUUCCUUUCUUUUGUCCCUCUUUUCUUUCUUUCCUUCUUUUUCUCUUUUUUCCUUUCUUUCUUUCUUUCUUUCUUUCUUUUCUCCCUCUUUUCUUUCUUUCCUUCUUUUUCUCUUUUCGCCUUUCUUUCUUUCUUUUUUCUUUCUUUCUUUCUUUUUCUCUUUUUUCCUUUCUUUCUUUCUUUCUUUCUUUCUUUUUCUCUUUUCUCCUUCUUGUUCUUUUUUCCUUUCUUUCUUUCUUUUUCUCUUUUCGCCUUUCUUUCUUUCUUUCUUUCUUUCUUUCUUUCUUUCUUUCUUUCUUUUCUCCCUCUUUUCUUUCUUUCCUUCUUUUUCUCUUUUCGCCUUUCUUUCUUUCUUUUUCACUUUUCUCCUUCUUGUUUUUUUGCCUUUCUUUCUUUCUUUCUUUCUCUUUCUUUCUUUUCUCUUUCUUUUCUCCCUCUUUUCUGUCUUUCUAACUUUUUCUCUUUUCUUUCUUUAUUUCUUUUUCUCAUUUAUCUCUGUUUCUUUCUUUUUCUCUUUUCUCCUUUCUUUCAUUUUUUCUUUCUUUCUUUCACUCCCUCUUUUCUCGGGUGACGGUUGUAGGCAUUAUUCCGCCCACAGCUUCUCUUUCCUCCUCUUAGCAUCUCCCACUAAUACUACUCAGUGGGCGUGGGCAGCUCCUUCAUCCUAUAUGGUGUCUCGUCUGUGCCUGCUACCCUACAGUGGGUGCAGGCAGCUCCACACCUUCCUUGAUCUCUCUUCUGCGUCUGUCAUCUCAACCACCCAGCGAAGACUAAUUUUUUAA